UCCCGAGGAAACAGAAAGCUGAUUCAUGGAGCCCAGACCCAGUUUCCUCUGUGCUUCUCUCCUUUGAAGAUCAUGAUGCUGCUGCUAGAGACUUUGUGUUAACCCCUUUUCUCCCCCUCCCACAAUCUCAGAGGGGGGAAGGAAAAAGAAGAAGAAGAAGAAGAAGAAGAGCUGUCUUCCUUUUCUAGCCUUUUCCUUUAUUUUGGAAGUGUGGUUACUGGCUGGCUCAAACCCGGAAAACAUUGAUGCAUCGCUCUGGAAAUUCAUUGUGUGACUUUGUUGGUAUUUGCUGAGUUUCAACCCGAGAUGCAGCUCUUGAAAGCUUUAUGGGCAUUAGCAGGAGCAGCUAUCUGCUGUUUUCUUAUAUUUGUCAUCCAUUCCCAGUUUCUUAAAGAAGGUCAAUUGGCUGCAGGUACAUGUGAGAUUGUUACUUUGGACAGAGAUAGCAGUCAGCCCCGAAGAACUAUAGCCCGACAAACAGCUCGUUGUGCAUGUAAAAAAGGACAGAUUGCCGGUACAACGAGAGCAAGGCCAGCCUGCGUCGAUGCACGCAUUAUAAAAACAAAACAGUGGUGUGAAAUGCUUCCAUGUUUAGAAGGAGAAGGCUGUGAUUUGCUAAUCAAUAAAUCAGGCUGGACCUGUACACAACCAGGUGGGCGAAUAAAGACAACUACGGUCUCCUGACAAAUGCAACAACAGAGAAGCCUUGUAGGAGUUUUUAGGCUCUGUGUGGUCUACAUUCCCUAGUCAAGUUUCGCUGCUGUGGAUCAUCAUCAUCCAUUAUAUGUCAUCAGUUCAACUGUCUAUUUCUCUGUAUUUCAUCCAAGACAGCAUAAUUCUACGUUAUGAGCUAAAGUCUGUUCUACCAUACUAAAGAGCACUGGACCAAGGAAUAGAAAUGGAAGAGAAAUGCUUGGGCAUUAGCAAUACAAAAACAAAAACCACCAGUUCACAGUUAACGUCUCAUCUACGUUAUGCACCACUUCUGGACUUGAUCUGUGGUCAUGUUUUAAUCUGAAGAGUCUACUACACUGGAGCGUACUCAUCCCAAUCAGCCUUAGAGAAGACUGUUUUGUCUACGGGAGGACACUAAGGUGCAGAAGAUAAAGUCUUCUUGUGCCCUAGACUGCCUGAAUUGCUUUUAUUUUCUUAUGUUUCAGUAUAUAAAAUAGACCAAAGAGCAAAAUCUAUUUUAAAGUGGACACAAUGUUACUGUUAACAAGGUUAUUUGGGUUCAGCAGUAUGGGGAUCACCCUGCACGAAUUCAGCUCACCCAGUGCUGCAAGGUUGCUGUCCAGCGAAUGUCUUUAUGGAAUACUGCAGACAAAGCUGGAACUGCUCUUGGGGGAAAGUACACUUAAAAAUACAAGGGAACGAGGGGAGAAAAUGACCGUUCUCCAACAAGAAAACAGGACUUUGAUCAAAAACAACACAAACUGUCUACGCACCACCUUUACUUCUCUGUGCUUAGAUUGACUUCUCGUACUAAAAUCAUUUUGAGUUUAACCAGUUCAACAUGCCUCUUCUAUGGUUCCAUUUUUUGAUCGUUAAAAGUUGGAUAAUACAGUAUUUGCAAAGAGCAUGUUCGGUCAUCUGUGGCCUAUGUCUCAUCUGAUACACCAUUUAGCACCAGAAAGCAAAUCCAAGGGGGGGAAAGUAACACUUGUUUGAAAGAGAUCAUUAAAUGUAUUUUGAAAAGCCUAAAGUUAUAUAUUUAACAGUUUUUAUAUGUUGUAUAUUUGUAGAAAAUCCUAUUUAACAAUUAACGUGGUAACUCUGACAGACAUGACAAAAAAAUGGUUCAGAGUUGAGUUGUUGUUUUUAUUACUUCAGUUGUCUCUGAAGUGACUGGUGUAGUUUGCUUUCUUCCAUUGGGACAUUCUGGAUGUAAAGCAUGGCCAGAGAGGACUCUGUAGUAAAGCAAAGAAUAAUGUUGUUUAUAUUACAUAAAUGCAUUCAACCAUUGCACUGUUGGAAGGCUUUCUCUCUCUCUCUCUCUUUCUCUUAUUUUCCCCCUUUCCUUUUCCCGCUUUUUCUUUGAGGAGGGUGGUCUUUUAUAUACCAGUAAAACAGUGUAAAACGUUUUAAUCAUUUACUUUCCAUAUUGAGUUACGUUAUUUCCCUCUUUUCUCCU